AAAGACGCGCUGGUCUUGGGAGAAAAGGUAGCCUUGGCUGUACUAGCUAGCCACAAUUGCAAAUGUGAAAACAUUAUAGUCAAAGAUCAAUACACAGGGAGAAGAGUCAUGGACGUGUGCAGCCAUGUCAAAGUGGUUGUUCGUGUGCGGCCAAUAAACGACAAUGAGAAGUGCGAGAACUUCAGGAAUGUGGUCCAAGUUGUGGACAACCACAUGCUAAUAUUUGACCCCAAGGAACAGCAAAUUACAUCUUUCGGGGGACCAAGAGUUCGAAACAGAGAUGUCAACAAGAGAGCCAAUAAGGACCUGAAAUUUGUCUUUGACAAUGUUUUUGGGGAGGAUUCUUCUCAGGUGGAUAUUUUUGAGAACACCACUAAAAGGAUACUUGAUGGAGUGUUGAAUGGCUUUAACUGUACAGUCUUCGCUUAUGGCGCAACAGGAGCAGGCAAGACACACACCAUGUUGGGCUCAAGCAAUGACCCGGGUGUGAUGUAUCGCACCAUGACGGAGCUCUUCAACCGUAUGGAUCAAGUCAAGGAAGAGAAAAUAUUCGAUGUAGCAUUUUCUUAUCUUGAGGUCUAUAAUGAGCAGAUCCGGGACCUCUUGGCUAAUGUGGGACCUCUUGCAGUGAGGGAGGACCCCUCGAAAGGAGUGGUUGUCCAAGGCCUUACUCUGCACCAGCCUAAGUCUGCUGAGCACAUCCUUGAAGCUUUGGAUUAUGGCAAUCGGAAUAGAACGCAGCACCCCACCGACAUGAAUGCCACCUCGUCACGAUCCCAUGCUGUAUUUCAGAUUUACUUGAAGCAACAGGACAGGACGGCCAGCCUUAAUCCAAAUGUCCGUGUGGCCAAAAUGAGCCUGAUUGACCUCGCUGGCUCCGAGCGAGCAAGUGCCACUAACGCAAAGGGAGCACGUCAACGGGAAGGCGCAAACAUCAACCGUUCACUCCUUGCCCUGGGAAAUGUCAUCAACGCUCUGGCUGACCCUAAGCAGAGUAAGAAAGCCCACAUACCAUACAGGGACAGCAAGCUAACACGACUCCUUAAAGAUUCUCUGGGCGGGAACUGCAGGACGGUCAUGAUCGCCAACAUUAGCCCCUCCUCCAAAUCGUAUGACGACACCCACAACACACUGAAAUACGCCAACAGGGCCAAAGAGAUCAAAUCAUCGCUCAAGAGGAAUGUUGUCAGCUUGGACAGUCACAUCGGCCAGUAUGCAGUGAUAUGUGAGAGGCAGCGAGAAGAGAUCGUUCAGUUGAAGAAGAAGUUGAAAGAGUAUGAGGAGAGGAAGAUGGACCCUCUUGUUCCUGGAGGCCCUAAUACCAUCUCCAUUCAGAACCAAACAGAGAUUCACAAGGUGUCAGAGUCCCUGCAGAGCAUUUUCUCCAGCCGUACUCAGAUCAGGAGGGAGCACCUUGUUCUGGAGCGGCAGCUGAAGGAGAAUGAGUUACGUCAGCGCCACAGCGAGGAGUGGAACCAGCAGGCCCAGCUCUUCGGUGCCAAAGACAAGACUGAGAAGGCCACCUGCAAGCAUGAGCGCAAGCUGGCCUCCCUCCUCACACAGCAGCAGCACAUCCGCAAGAGGCUGGAGGAGGCUGAGCUGCGCUUCCUUGAGAACGACGGCUGGCUGCACCGCAUGGAGAAUGACAUGAAGCUGCUGGGACAGGACUCCCAGCCACCAGAGGUACUCCAGAAGGACCUUCGCUGCCACAGGCUCCAGCUACAGGUAGAGGACCUCAAGCAGCACAUUGAGCAAAUGACCCACCUCAUCAGUCUCCAGGACCAGGAGAACAAACAGACUAAAAAAAUGGUGCACAUGCUGCUGCCAGCCUACAGCAGACAGUACUGGACGCUGAGGGUGUCGGGCCUGGUCACAGCUGCCGACGAGGCUGAGAACCAGGACCUGGAGCACCUGGUCCUCAGGGAGAGGGGUGUGGUGUGGGCCGAUCAGGAGAAGGGAGGGGAGCAGAAGGAUGAGGAGACCCAGGCUGAAGGUUCUAGGCUUAGGCCAGAGCUCGCACCCAUCCUGUCAUUCUCACACCUCAUCUGUCCCCAUCAAAACAGUCCCUGCAGUAGUGCUGAGAAACAUAAGAGGAGAGUCUCGCUGCGCCUUCAACCCAAUCCAUCAUGGAAAGGUCCAGCGGCCCAGGUGACAGUGAUGGAACCCAUUCCCAAGAAACCUACCAGGAGGAAGCUUGCAGUGUCUCCACCAAACCCUGUGAGUGUUGUCUCCGCUUCAGCACAGGGUCCCAUGGUCCUCCAGGAGGUGUUGAGACAGGAGGGGAUGUUUCCACUGCUCUACACUCCAGAGGCCAGCGGUACACUCAACAGGCCUUCACUCCUGCCUCUCCAGCACUCUGCAGUCAAUGACCCCAACAUGACGUUUGACAUUGAAGAUGAAGACAAUGAAGCAGCUCUUGCCAACGCUACCAUCGUCCUUUACCAAUGUAGUCCCAAUCAUCAAGCUGAGUCUUCAUGCCCCUUGGGUCCAAGCCAACAGCAGGCUCCCCGAGCCAAUAACAUGAGCAGACCCCCCAAAAGACUGGAGAUACCGUCUCUGUUAGACAUCCGACGUGGCAAAACCUACAUGACCAUGACUUCGGCUGCACAGGGCAAACGCAAAAUGAACUGCAGCAGAGAGCAGGAAAGCCUUUCAGCACCCAAGCGCAUAAAGCAGGACCCCACAGUAGCAGCAAGCAGACCGCUAAGAGUGCGUCGCUUUGCUGGGUCAGAGGAGAACGAGCCCAGAAGAGUUAUGAGGAGUGUUUCUGAGGGGAAUCUCCACCUCAUGGAUGUUCAGAAGAAAAAGUCCAUAUUCUAUAAAACCUCCCAGAAAUUCAAGAGUGUGACGAAGAGGAUGUGAGACCUGCUUUUGGCCAGAUGUUGCUCAAUGCUUGUAGAUAUUGGGGAAUCGUGUGUAGGUAUGGAGAGAGAGAAAUUAAGUCCUAUGGAUUUCUUGAAUAUGUUUUGCUUGAAUUGUGUAUGAUUCUGAACUUGUACUUAGUUUUAUUUCCUACAUUAAAAUUUUUUGUACAGAUCAUUUGCUAUUGUUAUUUAGUAAUACAAGUUUUUGUUAACUAGUAAUGUAUGUGGUUGUUUUUACCAUGAAUAUAUCCACUCGUCCAAUCAUUCUUUUUUCGAAUGGUUCAUUUCUGGGCUUUUCCCUGUUUAGUGUACAUAUAUUUCCUUUCAAUAUUUAAAUUUAACGGAAGGGGUAGAUUUAGUUAUCAGACAUGCAGUUGUACUGUCAAGUCAUGUUGCCAUGCAUGUGAAUGCUGUUGACAUGGAGACUUGUGAUGUUCGUUCAUUCCGCUUGUAACCCAUCUGUAUAGGGAAACUCAUUCACCUGUGAAACUCUUUUCACUGUUCAAUAUCAGGCUACACAUAAACAGAAAUGAAGGCUCAUAAAAUAUUAUGUUGAACAGUUAAGAAUUCCUACUCACUGAGAUUUAGAUUUUAGUCAUUUAG